ACAUUUUUUUUAAGCGUCUAUGACUGAAAAAAAUAUAAAAUGAUAGAUAAUUAUUUUCUUAACAAUUUAUUCUUAUGGUUUAAUAUUAUGUGAAGUCUGGAAUUCGAGAUAUUUAUGUUUGAAGUUUUAGAGGUUAUGUUUUGUCAACAACGAAUAGAGACCUACUUUUUAAAUUGAAGUCUUAAUUAUUCCAUUAUUAUGAAGCCGAGUAUUUGGGUUCGAUCGAAGAACAUAAAAAGUAGGUUUGAUCCCCAUUUUUCUCUUAGACAUGGAUAUAUGUACAUACUUUAUAAAAUUAACCUUCCUAAUUAAAUCUAAAAACCAACAUGGAAUUUAAUACAAUAGUGUUUUAAGUCAGUAGUUUAGCGGGAGAAUCGGUGUCCAUAAACAUAAGCGGUCGUUAAAAAAUAAUGUAGGUACAGAAAAUCAGUUGAUAAGUAUCGGAAAAAUGCAACAAGAUUUACAAGACGCUUAAGUACGCAAACAACGAAAUUACGACGCGAUGUGACAACUGACUGACAGUUCACAGUUGAAUUGUUAGUGCAUGACUUGUCAUAGGAACACGUAAAAGUAUCGAUACUUUAUAGUAUCGAUUAAUGAAUAUCGAUUUCCUUUCGAUACUGUUAUUUUUGUAAUCAAUAAGUAAUCUUCAGGAAAUUACUUACUAUUUUUACUUACGUUUUACCGUUAUUUAAAAUCAUGUCGAACAUACUUAAACAAUAAUUACCUUUGUAAACACUUGUUCCUUUCCUUUGAUUAUUAAAAUAUAUCAUAUGGCUUACUGUUGGUAAUAAUUGUUAUAUUAUUAACAUGUUUGACUAUUAUAUUUUGUUUAUUUUAUUACUUAAAUGUAAAAUGCCGCUAAGUGAGAGUGAACUUUAGCAGUAUUUUGUCAUGAUUAGAAAUAAGUAAUUUAAAUUAAAUAGGUGUACCUAUUGCAUUUAAAUUAAUUACUAUUACUUGUUUGAAAAUCAAAAUAUUUGAUAUAUAUUUCAAAAUAAAUAUAGUAAUUCGUCAUAAAUAUUAGUUUAUAUGUUCUUUCUACUGAAAUUAAACUGAUGUCAUUGAAUACAUGUAGUUCAAUAACGAUAUUUUAUUCGAUUCGAUACUGGCUUUUCGGUAUCGUGCGCGUCCCUAGUUGUCCGAUAUAUGCAAUAUUCGUAUAAAUAGUAUGGUUGCCAUACUCAAUUAUUUAAGUGUAAUUGAUGUGAAUAUAUUUUAGUUUUUGGACUUAAUUAGACCUUUUGCUCUGUUUCAAAAAAUUAAAUGAAUUAUUUUCUACAAACUGUAAUAGUUUAUAUUAGUAGACGCUUAUGAAUUCUAUCAACAAACACCAGACCAUUGUCCUUUGAUUAAUAAGCUUAAAACAAUCAGAUAAACAAUACCUACUAUUGUGAAAUAUGUAAUAUGUUAACACUAUAUGUUGCUGAUCACAUAAAGGAAGACAUCCAUCAAGCCAACAAAGCAACUGCCGAACGAGUCUCCAAAAAAUCAAAUCUUGUUAAACGUGAACCUGAUGGUAUUAUUAAAGUUAACAACAAAGAUGUGUCAUGGUUCCAAUGGAAUGGUUUCACAAAUAAGGAAUGUACAUUGUGUGAUGUAGUUGUCACUACGUAUGGCAAACAUGGUGCUUCUGCUGCACAUAUGGGUAACCUUACACAAAGCAGUGUUAAAUGUGAGGGGGAUAUGUGUUAUAGACAACUAAACUCUAACAAGUUUUGGUGUUUCACAUGUACUGAGACUUUUGACAAAAAACUACUAUCAAGUCAUUGGGAUGAUUAUCACAAUAAAAAUACUGAAGAACCCACAGCAAAACCCAACAAAACUAAAGCUAUAGAAACUUUCACUGAAAACAGUAACAAAACAAACACUAUUAAAAAAAAGUGUGAUACAAACAAUAAUAAAACAAUAGUAAAAGAUUAUAUAAUGAAAAUGUUGUCAGAGUCAUCUACUAUAACUAAAAAUUAUAAAGUAAACAUUAAAGAGAAAACUGUUCUAUGCCUACACUGCAAUACUUUAGUGAAACCAUCCUUUAAAGCCUUAGAUAAACAUAUAGAAAUACUUCAUCCUGAAGCAGAGGUAGUAAAAACAUACCACAUUGUCGAUGCUGGGAAGAGGAGACACGAAUUAGCUAUGUACGCAAGAGAGAACUAUAUAAAAUUAAACAAAGGAGGUAGCAAGACUUUUUGCUCUCUAUGCAACAUAUACAUCUCCGCACAUAUCAACUGUGCCAAACAACAUGUAGAAGGAUCAUUUCACAGAGGACAUUUAGAAAUCAGAGGCCUUGUAACAGAUAAAAAACAUGAAGAACCACCAGUCAAACCUGUACCAUACAAAUCUUUUGUAAAAGAUGUGUACGGCCCAUUCCGUAUUGAUGAACACUAUGUUAAAGUACUAAAUGAUGGGAUAUGUAUGGAUGUGACAAGUUUUGAAUUGAUACGGUUUUCUUAUGGCUUUGAACGUCACAAGGGGAAAUGCUUUGGGUGUGAUGUGGUACUGGAUAUAUCAGAGUUAGAACAACAUUUGAAACAGAAAGCACACAGAGACAUUGUAUUAAAAUGUAAUGUGCUGCUUAUACCUGUGUUGGUUGAUAAUGAAGACUUCGUUAGAGAAAUUCGUCCAGGGCUUUAUCAUUGUGGGUACUGUAAUGUAGCAAAUCCAUUCUGGGAGAAUAUGGCAAAGCACCUGAGAAGUUUUACUCACAAAGUGCAGCGAACAAAGAAGGGUCUACUCGGUGUUAUUGGUGGCACGCAACUUCUAUUCCCGCAUCUAAAGCUAUAUGAGAUAUACGAGUAUAAUAAGUUACGUGAUUUGGAUGGUUUCAAUUAAAUAAUAUAUUUUCUUCAUAUUAAUAAGUUGUUUAGCAAUUUAAUAAAUUGUUUAACGAUCAAAUAAGUUGUUUAAUGAUUGUAUAAGUUGCUUAAUGAUUAUAUAAGUUGUUUAACAAUUUAAUAAAUUGUUUAAUGAUUGAAUGAGUUGUUUAACGAUUGAAUAAGUUGCUUAAUGUUUAAAUAAGUUGCUUAAUGUUUGAAAAAGUAGUUUGACAAUUGUAUAAGUUGUUUAAUGAUUGAAUAAGUUGUUUAAAAAAUUAAUAAGUCACUUAAUGAUCUCAUAAUAUGUUGUUUACCACUAAAAUAAGUUGUGUAAUAUUCGAGUAAGUUGUUGAUCUGAUAAAUAACUUUUUGAACUUUUGAAAAAAAAAUUAAAAUAUUUGAUAGAUUGUUUACAUGUGGGGUAGUGUACAUUUGAUUAAGUCUCUGUAAUGGAUUUAACCUAUUUUAAGUAAAAGUGUGACACACACUAAAACACACACAAUAAAGACACAGUCAGCUUCUGGUAAUUCUGUUUCUUUUCUUGAAAGUGAAACUGUGGGGUGUCUGCUAAUCACUAAAUUAAUUUUCUUUUUUUUUUGUUCUUUAUUUAAAUCGUUUUGUUAUUAAGUUUUGUACUUGUAGAAACUAAUUUUAUUACCAGUUCAGGAAAUAACAUUCCAGCUAGUUACUAAACUUGCUAAUGUGAAUAGGUAUAAGAUAUGAUUAACAAAAUAUUUUUUUUCCAUAUA